GUGUUCUCAUUGAGAAAGCAGUCCACUCAUCGGAUCCAACAUGAAGGCUAUAGAUUCUACAUAUGUAACCUGUCAGCAGAUACUAUAGUAUAUAAGGGGCAGUUAACAACUCAUCAGUUAUGGCUGUAUUUCAAAGAUCUCCAAGAUGCAGAUUAUGAAACACACAUAGCAUUGGUUCAUAGUAGGUUCUCUACCAACACAUUUCCUAGCUGGGAACGAGCACAUCCAAAUAGAUAUUUGGCUCACAAUGGUGAAAUUAACACAUUACGUGGUAAUGUGAACUUGAUGAAAGCCAGAGAGGGUGUUAUGAAAAGUAAGAAAUUUGGCGAUGAACUCAAGAAAUUAUACCCAGUUGUAGAAGAUGGGUUAUCUGAUUCUGGAUGUGUGGAUACUGUGCUCGAGUUCCUUAUAAUGGCGGGUGGUAGAUCCCUGCCUGAGGCUAUGAUGACUAUGGUACCAGAAGCCUGGCAGAACGAUGUUUUGAUGACUAAAGAGAAAAAACAGUUUUAUAAAUGGAGUUCAUUUGCCAUGGAGCCAUGGGAUGGACCAGCUUUAUUUACAUUCACGGAUGGUAGAUACAUUGGGGCUAUAUUAGAUCGGAAUGGGCUUCGUCCAUCUAGAUAUUCUAUCACUAAAACAGGACAAAUGUACAUGGCUAGUGAAGUUGGUGUUACUAAUGUUCCUGACAAUAAUGUCACGCAAAAGGGUCGUUUGCAGCCUGGUAGAAUGUUACUUGUGGACACUAAAGUUGGAUCUGUCAUCAAGGAUGAAGAAGUGAAGAAAUAUGUCUCUACAUCAAGACCGUUUGGUGACUGGCUAAAUUUCCAGAUUGGAUUAGAAGAAUUACAUGCUGCUCACAAAAAACCUGACAUCAUUAAUAAUGUAGUUGAAAAGGAGCGUGUACCUGUGGAAACUGAUCGUAGAUUAAUAAUGUUUGGCUAUACAGUGGAGCAUAUUAAUAUGCUGGUCUUGCCAAUGGUUAAAGAUAGAAAAGAAGCACUGGGAUCUAUGGGAAAUGACACUCCGUUAGCAUGUCUAUCUACAAGAAAUCCUCUGGUGUAUGAAUAUUUCAAACAACUAUUUGCACAAGUCACCAAUCCUCCAAUUGAUCCAUUCAGAGAAAAGAUUGUGAUGUCUUUGGCUUGUCCUAUUGGUCCUGAAGACAAUAUCUUGGAACCAAGUGCAAAGCAGUGUCAAAGGUUGUUUCUACAACAACCAAUAUUGACGUUGAAAGAUUUGGAGGUUAUUAAAGCUACCACUUACAAUGGAUGGAAGACGCAUGUUAUUGACAUUACAUAUCCAGUGUGUGAUGGUAAGGGUGGAUUGGUACCGGCUUUAGAUAGAAUUUGUGAAGAGGCAGCAUCUGCAGCAAGGAAGGAUUAUACUAUAAUAGUACUGUCUGAUAGACUUGCUGGCAAAGAUAGAAUUCCUGUCAGUUCAUUAUUGACUGUAGGGGCUGUCCAUCAUUAUCUAAUUAAAGAAAGGCUAAGAAUGAAAGUCGGUGUCAUCAUUGAAAGUGGAGAAACACGUGAAGUUCAACAUCACUGCGUGCUGCUAGGUUAUGGAGCUGAUGGAAUCUGUCCAUAUUUGGUUUUUGAGACAAUUUCUUCACUACGACAACAUGGACUGCUGGAUUCUUCUCUAACUGAUGAUAUAAUAAGUGAUAAUUACAUAGCUGCUACUGAGAGAGGUAUUUCUAAAGUGAUGGCAAAGAUGGGCAUAUCAACUUUACAGAGUUACAAGGGUGCCCAAAUAUUUGAAGCUGUUGGCUUGAGUGAUGAAGUGGUUAGUAAGUGUUUUAUAGGAACUGCAUCCAGAAUUGGUGGCUGUACUUUUGAAGUGCUUGCAGAGGAGGCUCUACAGCGUCAUGUGAUUGCAUAUUCAGAUAGAAGCUGUGAUAAUCAAAUUAUCUUGAACCCUGGGAAUUACCACUGGCGUAGUGGUGGUGAGAAGCAUAUCAAUGAACCAGAAAGCUUGGCUAAUUUACAAGAUGCUGCCAGAACUAGCAGUAAACAUGCGUAUGACAAAUUUAAAGAAUCCGCUAUGAAUGCAGUCAAAUAUUGUUCACUUCGAGGUCAACUUGAUUUGAAAUUUCCAGAAGUUCCUAUUGAUAUAAGUGAGGUUGAGCCAGCUGCUAAUAUUGUGAAAAGAUUUGCUACUGGAGCGAUGAGUUUUGGGAGUAUUUCUUUGGAAGCACAUUCCACAUUAGCCAUUGCUAUGAAUAGAAUGGGAGCAAAGAGCAAUACAGGUGAAGGUGGAGAAAAUGCAAACCGUUAUCUGAACCAAGAAGAAGGAAAUAGCAAAAGGUCAGCUAUUAAACAAGUGGCAUCUGGAAGAUUUGGUGUGACUAGUUCGUAUCUAGCUAAUGCCGAUGAUUUACAGAUUAAAAUGGCUCAAGGAGCUAAACCAGGAGAAGGUGGUGAACUGCCCGGGUACAAGGUAUCUGAAGCUAUUGCUGCCACUCGUCAUUCCGUGGCUGGUGUUGGUUUGAUUUCACCCCCACCUCAUCAUGAUAUUUACUCUAUUGAAGAUUUAGCUGAGCUGAUUUAUGAUUUGAAAUGUGCCAAUCCGCAAGCAAGAAUCAGUGUUAAAUUGGUAUCAGAGGUUGGUGUUGGGGUGGUUGCAUCCGGAGUUGCCAAGGGUAAAGCUGAGCACAUAGUGAUAUCUGGACAUGAUGGAGGAACUGGGGCUAGUAGUUGGACUGGUAUUAAACAUGCUGGGUUACCAUGGGAACUUGGUAUUGCAGAAACACAUCAAGUGUUGGUUAUGAAUGAUCUGAGAUCUCGUGUUAUUUUACAGACAGAUGGACAGCUUAGAACAGGUCGUGAUGUUGUUAUUGCUGCGUUACUGGGUGCAGAUGAAUUUGGAUUUUCUACCGCUCCACUCAUAACAUUGGGUUGUACAAUGAUGAGAAAAUGUCAUCUGAAUACAUGUCCUGUUGGCAUAGCAACUCAGGAUAACGCUGUAAUAGAAUCAUGUAAAGACAUUCUGAGUGGUGUGAAAAUUGAACCCAUACACAUAAAUCUGAAGAUUAACAAUGAAAUCAGAACAUUUGCUACAACAUUAAGCUAUUAUGUUUCAAAGUCAUUUGGUGAAGAAGGACUGCCUGAUAAAACUAUUAAUAUCAAGCUAACUGGAACUGCUGGUCAAAGUUUCUGUGCUUUUAUGGCUAAAGGUAUACAUGUUGAAUUAGAAGGUGAUGCAAAUGACUAUGUAGGAAAGGGCUUGUCGGGUGGUGAAAUUGUAGUCUACCCUCCCCAUGAUUUGCCUGAUUCCUUUCAAACCCACAAGAAUAUUAUAGUGGGUAAUGUUGUGUUGUACGGUGCUACAAGUGGUAAGGCUUUCUUCAGAGGCUGUGCUGCUGAGAGAUUCUGUGUUAGAAAUUCGGGUGCAAUCGCUGUCGUAGAGGGUGUUGGUGACCAUGGUUGUGAGUACAUGACUGGUGGCAGAGUUGUUAUAUUAGGAACAACUGGUAGAAACUUUGCUGCUGGCAUGUCUGGAGGAAUUGCAUAUGUAUUGGAUAAGGAAAAGAAAUUUUCACAAAUGUGUAACAAAGAAUCUAUUUCCUUGGAAGCUGUUGUCAAGGAUGUAGAUGUUAAAUUCCUCAAACAGAUUUUGGAGGAAUUUGUGGAAUCGACUGGAUCAAAUGUUGCCAAGGAGAUAUUAGAUGCAUGGCCACAACCACUUGGGAACUUUGUUAAGGUAUUUCCACAUGAAUAUCGAGCAGCCUUGAAAAAGCUAAAUAAAAAGUUAGUACCAGAGUUGAAUUCAGUUAUUAAAGUUGAAAAAAGUGUGACCAAUGGGCCUAGCAUUGUUGAUAUUGAAGACAGUAUUCCAGAUGUUGAAAAAUCACAGAAGAAUCUAGAUCGUAUACUAGAUAAAAAGAAAGGAUUUAUCAAAUAUCCCAGAAAUAAUAAUCAGUAUCGUAAAGUGGAUUCUCGAAUAGGAGACUGGAGUGAGAUACACAACCAUGGAGAAGUCAAGACAAAUAUUAAAAUGCAGGCUGCCAGGUGUAUGGAUUGUGGAGUUCCAUUUUGUCAGUCUACCAAUGGAUGUCCACUUGGGAAUAUUAUUCCAAAAUGGAAUGACUUGGUAUUUCAGGAUAAUUGGAAGGAAGCUCUGGAAAGAUUACAACAAACUAACAACUUUCCAGAAUUUACUGGUAGAGUGUGUCCAGCACCAUGUGAAGGUGCCUGUGUGUUGUCUAUUAAUGAACCAGCUGUGGCCAUUAAAAACAUUGAAUGUACAAUAAUUGACCAUGCAUUCAGUGAGGGUUGGAUCAAAGCAAUCAUACCACAACAUAGAACUGGUAAAAAGGUGUCUGUAGUUGGGAGUGGUCCGAGUGGUUUGGCAGCCGCAGCGCAGUUAAAUAAAGCUGGUCAUGACGUAACUGUAUAUGAAAGAAAAGAUCGGAUUGGUGGGUUGUUGAGAUAUGGUAUACCUACCAUGAAACUAAGUAAACAGGUUGUGGACAGAAGAGUUGCAUUGAUGAAGGAGGAAGGAAUCAAGUUUGUAACAAAUUGUGAAAUUGGAAAAGACAUGUCACCUCAUUCAUUAUUGAAUGAAAGUGAUGCAAUUAUCUUGUGUCUCGGCUCAACAUUACCGAGAAAUCUCCCCAUACCAGGACAUAACUUGGAGGGUAUUCACUUUGCUAUGGAAUUCUUAGAAGGAUGGCAGAAGAACCAGAUGGGCAAUAAUAAUGUGUAUCUGGAUGCUAAAGAUAAAGACGUCAUUGUUAUUGGGGGUGGUGAUACUGGAUGUGACUGCAUUGGAACAUCACUGAGAAUGGGUGCUAAAAGUAUAACAACCUUUGAAAUCUUAGAUGAGCCUCCUGUAGGGAGAGCUGAGAACAAUCCAUGGCCAACAUGGCCACGUAUAUUCCGUGUUGACUAUGGACAUGAAGAAUCCAAAUUGAAGUUUGGAGAAGAUCCCAGACAUUUCUGUAUACUCAGUGAGCAAUUUUUGGAUGAUGGGAAUGGUCACGUAAAAGGCAUUAAGGCACAGAGAAUCAAGUGGACUAAAGGAGUUGGAGGAAGAUUUGAAAUGAAGAAAAUUGAGGGAACUGAGAGAAUCUUCCCUGCUGACAUGGUGUUGAUUGCUAUGGGAUUUUUAGGACCAGAAAACAGUAUUAUAAAUGAACUCAAGUUAAACCAGGACCCUAGGUCUAAUAUACAGACACCAGAAGGCACAUACUUGAGUAGUAUGAAUAAAGUCUUUGCUGCAGGAGAUUGUAGGCGUGGACAAUCUUUGGUGGUACAUGCCAUUAACGAGGGACGCCAAGCAGCACGUCAAGUAGAUUUGUUUUUGAUGGGAGAGACUUCAUUGGCUGGACCUGGUGGUGUCAUCUAAAGAAAACAAUAUUCAGCUGAUCAGAUUUCAUUGGUUGAUAGAACCAUUUGAUUGUCCACAAUCUGUUCUGAUUGGUUGGUGUCUUAUUUACAUAUUGAGAGAGGCUGAGCUGUGUAGUCAGUUACCACAUUGUUUACCAUAUACAUUAUUAAAUGUAAAACACCAGUAUUUCCCUGUGGUCUGUCUAGACAGAUUAAGAAUGCUUAUCCUUAUCCUCAUUCCAAAAGCAUUUUUGAGUAAUUUUCUUGUGAAUAGUUGCUCAUACUGCUUUGAUGUUACAUAUUACCAUGGCAACAAUAUACGUCUUUGGCCAUCAUGAUUGUUCUUUGGAUGGAUAUACAUAUAAUGUGUGUAUGUGUUUUGGUUUAAUUACCUUGAGUACUGGUCUAAGUAUGAAGUACAUGUAUGUUGUUGUUUCUACUCUUAACACAUACUGCAAGUAUAAUAAUAAUUCAAUACAAUGAUUCAAGAAAACACUGAUGUCUUAACGCAUAUGACAAGCAAGUUGCUUACUCCCUCUAUGCAUUCAGUUGAAUACUUCCAUAACAAGAAGUCAAUCCAUAAUAGCCUGUGAGAAGUCUCAAGAGUUGUGUCAAAAAUGGACAAAAAGUACAUUUCAUUGAUAUGUAAUCAUAUCAUUUUUUUUAAUUGUAUAUUUCAAAGUUGAUAUUCUUUUAUUUUUAUUAUUUUACAUAUUUGUUUACUUUUAUGAUAACAUAUCCAUCGUACAUUAAUAAUCUUUUCACCACCAGUUCCCUCUUUUCAUUACAAAUUUACAAAAGAUUUGGACAAAAAUUGCCAAAUUUUUUUAUAGUAAAAACUGAAAAUUGACUCAAAUUUUGUCUGUUGGCUCCACAAUUAGGAUUCAUUUCCAGAAAUAUUGAAUAUUAGCAAAAAAAGUAUAUACAAAUUUGGUUGAGAAAGUCUGGUAGUGAAAAUGUUGAUGUUGUGCAGUGAUAUGUGAAGGAGAUUCAUGAUAUAUCACACAAUUUUAGGGACAGUAGUCAUAUCCGAUUACUGUAGUGCCCUUGCAUAUCCAGUAUUUGUUUGUAUUACAUAUUUUGUUGAAUAAACCAAUAA